AUGGCUUGCUCCUCCUGCUGUGAAAUGAUAAACAACAGAUGCCCGUCCUGCUCUAUGCCUAUUGGCUACGACAGAUGCCGCCCCAUCGAGAAGGUCCUGGAGUCUGUCAGGAUGGCAUGUCAAAAUGCAAAGUUCGGCUGCAAUCAGAAGUUUGCUUACCACGUGAGAAACGACCACGAGAAGACAUGUCAGUUCGCUCCGUGUUCGUGUCCCUUUUCGAGUUGCAGCUAUGUUGGCUCGUUUAGGAAGUUAGUGAAGCACUUGAGGUCCAAGCAUGGGGCUUCUCCGACGUACUUUCGUUUCAACUCCAACACCUCUCUCUUGAUAAACGUCAAGACGGAGGUCCGUCUGCUUAAAGAAGAGAGAGAAGAUGUUCUCUUUGUCUUGAAAAACGAAACUAUAGACCUGGGCAGCAAGAUUAAGGUCAGUUGCAUUGGCCCCUUGCCAAAGGCGGAUUAUUCGUAUGACAUAGAAGCGAAUUACCGGGAAAGCUCUCUCAAGCUUCACACUUGCACCAAGAGCGUUCCAGAAUUUGAAUCUGAUCCGAAUCAGGAGCCUUGCCUUUUGGUGCCAAGAAGGUUCUUUGACGACAUCUUGGGCCUCAAGCUUGAAGUGUGUAUUUGGCGUCGCCGAGCAAGAGAUUAA